UGUGUGUGUGUGUGUGUGCAGUUUGCUUACUUGAGGUUUGAGGUAGAAAACUAACUGCACUGUCAUGCUACAUCUCACCCCUGGAACGCUUUAACACACACACACACACACACGUGUUGCAUCAGCCGAGCUCAACAACACACACUUCGCCUUUCAGAUCAGAUUUAACUGUGUUGUUGUUGUGUGUUUGAGUGAACGCGCAUGUUUUUGUGUUUUUCUAAACCGGGAUUUGAGUGCGCGUGCACGUGACUCAGGAAGUUACACACACGCUGGACGAGUUGCAUCACCUGCUCACGCGCUGCUCUGGAUUCCAGCAGUGACGUGUAAGCGAAAGGCGUUAUAACCAUACAUCACACACUCAUACGUCACACACUCAUACAUCACACACUCACACAUCACACACUCACACGUCACACACUCAUACAUCACACACUCACACAUCACACACUCAUACACACAUAAAGGUGUGUACACGUUACAGUGACAGCACAUGCAUCAAUCCCUGAAUUAACCCUCACUUUAACACGAGCUAGUGAUGAGUUAAGGCAUGUACUAAUCACGAGCGUAGAAAGACACACUCCUAGUAACCAGCAGUGAUUUCAUCUCAGCCUGUUUCUCAUCCUUCUCCAUCCACGUCUCUUCACACCCCUCACCAGGGUGUCUUCCUGCGUGCGAUAAGGAGGAUGAGUGGAAACGACGGAGGUGAUCCGGGACGUUUGUGUACGCAGAUGAUGAACAAUAUUCUCUCUUCUAGAGCCGGGGUGAUUUAGUUUAGCCCUACGUGUUCAUGAAUACAUCACCUAACAAACGUGUGCUUAAUUAUCCACGCAUGAAUUCACGAGACUCGCGCCGUAGUGAAGGUUAGCUCUUCAGUACAUCGUGAUGUGAAGUGUUUCUCAUAAAGACAUGAAGACCUACAUGAUGCUCGUGGUCCUGUUUGGGCUGAUGAUUGCUGCCAGCGUGUCCUCUUUGGCAGGCUUUAAGUCUACAGUAAGGAAGCUUCAUCAGCCUGCUACUCUGUCCUGUGAAGGGAAAUGUUCAGGUUCAGUGAAAUGGACAAAGAUCCAGAAGCCGAGGGGAGAUGUAGUGGUGGCUCGGUGUGAUCGGACGUCCUGCAGCUCCGAGGAGGGGUUUCUCGUCUCUCGUGAUCAGUACCUGGAGGGGAAUCUGUCUCUCACCAUCACCGCAGCUGAUUACAGUAGGCGUGGCUGGUACACGUGUCAGUGCGACGGCGAGGACGUCUGUUCCGUGAGUCUUCGCUUUGAGCCUGUGGAGCUGAUGAAACAGAUCUGUCCUGGAGAUUCGCUUGUUAUGGAUGUUCGGAUCCCUGAGCGAGCGGAGCUUGUGUUACGCAGGAGCGGUGAUGAUGGAGCUCGGAGCGCUGUCUCAGUUCCGCUCUGCAGCGUCGCUGGGCGGAAUCUUCAGUGUGAGCCUGAAUACGAGAAGAGAGUGGUGUUUAGUUGCUCGCUGACUCUGACCGCAGUGAAGGAGUCUGACAGCGGUGUGUACGCUGUGCGGGACGCUGAUAACGACGAGAUUAUAUCCACACACACACUCACGCUCACGGGAAAUAAGACAGAUGUCAACAACACACUGCCUGCUAAAGGUAAACAGGACAGCUGGAACAUGAAGCACAUAUUCGAGGAGGAGUACAGAGGGGUCAUCGUGGGACUGGUGCUGGGACUCGUGCUGGGUGUGUGUGUGUUCGGUGCUGUGUGUAGUGUAGUGAAGGGCUGCAGUUUCAUCUGGAGGAAAGUGGAAAAGUGUUGGAGAGAUGAUCGUGAUCACUUCUCACUGAAUGGGAAGUUUAAUCCUGUUGAAAGCAUCAAACUGCGCGUGUGUGAUUAAUGCUCUGUAGGACAAGCUGUCGUAUGUUUCCCGCUAGG